GUCACAUCAUAUGCAAUAGUUAGAUCUAGCAAUAGUAGCGUCUUCCUCCUCCCAGACGAAAUUUAUCGAAACCAAACGGCGGAGGUACUGGUUAAAGUUACUAAAAAAAAUACUUAUCUCCGCAAAGUUUUCAUGGAGACAAAAAAAAUUCCAGUGUUGUGUUACUGGAACGGGUGUAUUAAAGAUGGUCCUGAUGGUCCAUUCUACGAAGGAUCAAGUCCAAGAGUGAUCAGAGUUGAAAGUAAAAUCAGUUUACCUAAAUUGUUAGAUGAUCUGCAUGGAGUCACUGGAUUUGAGAAAGGAAAGUUCAAGAUCGAUGUGAUUGGUAGAUACCCUUCCAUUGUUCAACAGCCUGUGGUGAAGUAUAUCCGUUUGCCUGUUGUGGAUGAUUCUAGUCUUGAGACCAUGCUUGAGGUUCCAACUUACCACUUUUCUAUCAACAAUGUGGAGUUUUAUUUAGAGGUCACACCGGUGGUUUCUGAUCAAGGCGAUGCUCCGCGAAAGCGUCCUCGGCAAGAAGAUGAUGAUGCAAAUGACCUAAGCGACUCUGUUCCAAAGGAGUUGCUUUUAUCUAGCUCAUGGCUUGAUGAACGCGAGUUGCGUGUUGGGAUGGUUUUUAAAGAUAAAGACGAGCUAGUUAAAGCAGUGGAGUUGUACUCUUGUAGAAGGCAACGAAAGUCUUCUCCAGGCUUCGAGUUAUACUCUGAUAGUUGGGUCAGUAGAAGAUGUGCAGUGGGAUACAAAAACUGCAGAUGGAGUCUCGAAGCAAAAAUAACCAAGGGAAAUGGCUACGAGAUAACAAAAUAUAACGGACCUCAUACCUGUGAGCCAGUAGAUGUGGGCUCAGAUUUUCUGGCGGCCGAGCUGGAAGGCCUACUCAAGGCUCGUCCCUCCCUCUCAGUUCCAGAGCUAAACAAGUGGGUGAAAGAAGAAUUUGGAUACACGGUCUCGCGGGCUGUCAUGUGGGACGCUAAAAAGGAAGCCACCACUGCAAUCUGGGGAGAUUCCGAAAAGAGUUUUAGCGUAUUGCCCAAGUUCAUGGCUUCCCUUUGCUCAUCUAAUAAAAUGCGUUUAGAGUGGCAGUACGAUCUUCUUCCCGACCCCAAGGAGGCAUCGUUCCGUUCUGUGUUUUGGGCGUUUCAUCAGUCGGUUGAAGGGUUUCCUUACUGUAGACCUGUGAUCAUAGUGGACGCAGUUGACUGCGGUAAACACUCCGGAAAACUGCUAGUCGCCGCUGGGUUUGAUGCCGAAAACCAACUCUUCCCGCUCGCGUUUGCGGUUGUUUCUCAAGAAAAGUUGUCUGCCGAUUCUUGGCGUUGGUUCUUCUCUUGCAUCAGAAAGAAAGCAACGCACAGGGAAGGCCUUUGCUUAAUAACAGCUAUGGAUCCUGACAUUAUUACAGCUGUCAACGAACCUGAGUGUCGGUGGGCGCAACACCGGUUCUGUCUUAGGCAUCUUUGCUUCGAAUUUUUCGACGCUUUCCAUAACAAUCUCCUGACGGAGUUUGUCUACAAGGCUGGAUCCACGGGGUGCGUUUCGAGUUUCGAUUACUACUUGAAGAAAAUCGAGGAGAUGAAUCCAGAGGCUCGGAAAUGGUUAGACAAAACACCUCCGCAUAAGUGGGCUUUGGCUCAUGAUGACGGCGGAUUGAGAUUUGGAAUCAUGGAGACCAACUUAAUCUUUGCUACUUACGGUUUCAUAAACUAUCUUCCCAUCACAACUUGUGUCUUGCUAAUCUUUGAUCACCUGGCAGAGCUUUUCAUAUCCCAGCGUGGUCGUCUCAGCGAAUCACUAAAGAGUGGAGACAAGUAUGCUCAACAUGUCAUGACAAAGCUUGGAGAGGACAAGGGAAAAACAUAUGAUGCGCUACCACUAGACAAUACUGGAGAGAGGUUUCAGGUCGCAGAUGGAAAUAAUAAGAUAUAUGUUGUUCAUCGCAUUGAUCGGGUUUGCAGUUGUGGGAUGUGGCAACUUUACAAGUAUCCGUGUUCUCACGUGUUAGCGGUUUGCAGGAGGCUGAACAUUGACUUUUUGCAGUAUGUCAACGACUACUACAAUACUGAACGUUCUCUUCGAGUUUACGCAGCUAAGUUUAAUCCUGUUCCGGGGUGGUUUUCUGAAUGGUCGGAGGCUUCUGAAACUCCAAGGCUCUUUCCUCCCAGUCCCACAAGAUUAGACUGCGCGCCAAGUUCCAGUUCCGUCCCUUGUAUAAGGCAGAAGAGUGUUCUCCCGUCGCCGUCUUCGGUUAUUUACUUCCUCGCGAAGAAAGAAACACUAACAGCUUUUUAUUACGCAUCAUAUGUCACUAUCGGAUUUACCAACGUAGUCUUCUUUAUAUACGCCCAUGAGGCUUCUCUUCUUUUCAAUUAUUACAAGGGUAUUCAGGAGCGCUUAUUGGGAAAUCACGAAUAUUAUCGGCUUGGAAAGAUGUCAAGGUUCAUCACUUCUUGGUAUGCAUCUCCUUUUACAUACUCCUAAAGAUGUGAUCAACUGAAUGUGCCAUCUUAGUAGUGUAGAACAUGUGGGCACGAUAGAUAUGGUAAACAGAUAAAUUGCUCUUUUGAGCUUGUGAUUAAAAAAAAUAUUGACAUUUAAAGU